AUGUCUCAAAAAUAUAAAGAGUUAUCUGAAAGUAAACAAAGCCAGAUAGUCAGUGCUUGGAGAUGUGGUUUUUCUAUUUCAACUAUUGUAAAACAACUUAACUUUGCAAAAACAACAGUUCAAGACGUAAUUAAUCUUUAUGAAGAAACUAGAGAAUUAAAACCUCUUGCUUGGA